UAACUACCAUUCCACUUCAGUCUAAAACGAGACGUGCUCUAGAUCACAAGUAAAUGGUAUUGUUGAGGUCAUUCAAUAAAAAUUAUAAUGUCGAUAAUCAAUCAGCUUUUCGCGACCGGAAUACUAAAUUACGUAUGUGCUAUCUUGGGACUACUAUACACUCUCCCAUCUUCUACAGUCAAGCUCUUUACUUCAGAAAACACUCCAUUAAACCGAGUCAUGACUGAAACUGAAAUCGCCCUUAUGGGAAGCAUAUCGUGUGGGAGCACUCUUAUAACAACGCCGAUUUGUGGUUAUUUGUUGGAUUCGCUGGGACGAAAAAAAACGACUAUAAUUUUGUUUAUAGUACAAGUGAUGGCCUGGGUGCUGUUAGUAUCACUAAAUAGAGUUGAAUCAUUUAUUUGUGCCAUGUUCCUCUGCGGCCUUAGCGGCAGCAUAUUUCUCAUUGUCCCAGUCUACAUCAAUGAAUUUUGUGAACCAUCAAUCCGAGGGACUCUUAGUUCUAGUGCUCUGCUAUUUCAUGGCAUAGGAACGUUGAUAUCUUACGGCUUGGGUGGUACGGUAGACUACGCGACAUUGAAUUAUACAGGACUAAGUUUGGCCGUCCUUGGCUUGUUUUUGCUCUCAUUUCUAAGAGAAUCACCUUUAUAUUUGAUGAAGAAGGGCUUGGAAAAUGAAGCUAUCAAGUCUAUUGGUUAUUACCUACGACUUGACCCUGAUUGCAAAGAAGUUGCCGCGUAUGGGGAAAACUUGAAAAGGCUUCUAGCAAAUGACGAAGAAAUAAGUGAUAUCCCAGAAAUAGAAAGAUUAAGAUCAGAUGCAGAAGUUGCAGGAGCGCCUACAAAAAAUGUUUCGAUAUUUAAAUUUCUGAGAGAAUCGCCUUCUUCUCGCCGUGCAUUUACUGUGCUAGUCGUUUUAUAUACGGCGACUGUGUUCCAAGGUUUUGUUGUGGUACAAAUAUUCACGGAACCACUUUUCGCAACUGCAGUACCGAGUAUUUCAUCCACUCUGACGUCUAUCAUAUUUGGGAUAACAGUUGUGCUUUCCUUCUUCUUAGAAGCCUACUUAAUCGAAACAGCUGGCCGACGAAUGUUAUUAAUCGUUUGUUCAGCCCUAACUGGUAUAUUGUGCGUUGUUUUGGGGACCCAAAUACAGUUUCAUUGGGGUCCAGGAUGGUUGACCGCAGUUUUUAUAUAUAUUUAUACCGUCACUUUUUCUGUUGGUCCCGCUGUUGUGCCUUAUGUUUUGAUGGGAGAAAUAUUUCUUCCACAGAUCAAGAGUUUUGCCAGCACGUUCGUCUAUGAGUGGGCUUAUUUUUGUUCCUUCGUGUUACUGUUUUUGUUCAAUCCACUCCUCAACGCUUUUGGUCUGGGACCGAUCUUCUACAUUUUCGCGGGUUUUUGUUUCUUCACUGCGGCAUUUACCUUCUUCUUCCUUCCGGAAACCAAAAACUUGCCCGUGAAUGUAAUACAAGAAAAAUUUUUGAAAGGAAAAAUGUAUUGACCAACAAAUUCUUAGGUAUAAGUAUUCUAAGGACAUUGUGUUGUUGAUAACUUAAGAAGGUGCCGAGUUAAUAUAGUUAUAAUUACGUGAUUAAGCGAGAGAGAGUGUAUUCAAUAUAUCAUUUUUAUAAAAUUCUUUAUAAGUAUUUAGCUAGCGUCAAUUUCAAUAUCGGUGAUAUGUUAAAUUAAUUAACUAUAGCAAAAUUAUAUUUAAUUUAAGUAAGUUUAUUCUACACGCAUAGCUUCAUUUAAUGUUCAUAAUUUACUGCAUUUAUCACACAAACGCAAUAAUAUUAUUAUAUUAUCAAAGUUGUCAUUUUGUUUUUAUUUGCGAAUAUACUUAAAACUAACCUUUAGAAAUACUGAAUUAUACUGUGAUUGUGAUAUUAAAAGUUAAAAUAUUUUACCAAAUAUAAUGUAUUCUGUAUAUCUGUUUCCUUUCUCUAGAACAGAUAUAAAUGGAUUUAAAACGGAUUCAUCUCACGAAGCUUUCUUGUGACGUGAUCAAAUUAAUUACUUACUUUACCACAAC